UCCUAAUACCUACUCAGGGCUAGAGAGGUAAGGAACAUUCAUAUAGAAAACAGGGACAACUGGGAAAGGGUCUGAGUAGGCUGGAUGGACCAAUGACAAUAUAAAGAUGUAUUAUGCUGCAUGGUUACACCUACAUUUGUUGGCUACUUGGAUUUUAUGUGCACGAGGAAGUAGUUUUCUUUCUUUUGUGAAAAGACACCACAAUCUGAUGUCGACCCGAAGAAAAAUUUCCCAUGCAACCAACCUAUUUUGAAGAAACGGAAAAAGGAGAAUUGCUUAACAUUCCUUUUUGGAAAAUUGAGCAAUUGUUUCUCUCAUCAGUUUUUAUUUCCAAAGCUCACCACCUGAGGACUUUGUGAACUUUGUUGACAGAGCGGAUUUUAAAUAACAGAUAUGAGUACUCCCGUGAAGCAGAAUUCCACUUUGGUCCACUCAAUGGCAAAGGCCUAUGACCCUAAACCCAUGAAAAACCAAGGGCCUAACACCACCACUGGCACCAUACACAGGCUACCUGUGGUGUCAAGCAAAAAUUUUGUGGACAGCUCCAACCUAAUGGAUAUCAAGAUUGACUCUUUGAGCUGCAAAGUGGACAAACUCAUUACCAUUCAAGAAAAAGUUCUCCUUAAGCUGGACAGCAUGUCGGAGGAUAUUGUUGAAAUCAAAAAUGAUGUAGAGAUAUUGAAGGUGGACAAAGAAGAAACCAUCCAUGCUAGCAGCAGACCCCAGGAGGUGGAAACCUCCAAGGGGAUUAAAGAUAUAUGCAUAGAAAUGAUGAAUAUGCUGGCCACUGUGAACCACAGAACAGAGCAGGAGGCAACAAGAUUGGAUAGAAUGGAGAAAAUAGUUUUUGGCAUCCAGCAGGUCAUAAGCUUCAUCGGAGAAACUGUUAAGAAUUCCAGAAUUCUCGAGCUCAUUCUUAAAGGCCCGGUUUUUCCAAACCGGAGUGUUGUCAAUGAGGAGAGCAUGGAAAACAAAAAGAAUAAACAAAUCAGGACCAAGAAACAUGCGUCCCCUGACAAAAGUGCGGCCGUGAAUAAGAACAACAAAAAGCUGGGGAAUCAAAAAGCAAAAGAUGUAAAGGAAAAGUCACACUCAAGUCUUAAGAGAUUGAAAUCACAGCAAAAGAAGAAACCCCCAGAUGCUACAGGGGCUGCUCAGAAAAAGCAUUGUUUAUUGGAUGUAAAAGUUCAAAAGCUAAACAAACAAAAUGUUGAAAAAUCAGAAAAGGUUCCUUUGCCACAAAAAAAUACUCAAGUGGCAGAAGAGGAGGACUUGAUAUGGCAGUCUGCUGCUGUCCACACACAGACACAAGAGUUACUUGUUCCAGUCACUUCCAAUAAUUUAGCCAAUACCAGUGCCUGUCCUGCUGAAGACAGAAAGCAGGAGAUGGUCACCACUGAGGUGGACAGCCAAAAGAAACAAGCUCUUACAUCACUAGUGUCUGGUGGUGUAGGACUUGAAGAUGUAGUGCAGGAGGGGCAAGGAGACCUUGAGGAAGCAUCCAAAACUAGGGAUCAGGAGGAAGGUAUAGAAGAGAAAGAGGCGGAAUUCCUGUCAGGUACAGAACUUGAAGAUGAAGAAGAUGGGGAUCAAGAAGCUGCAGAUGAUGAACAAAGAGAAGCAGAGGCAGAAGAAACAACAGAAGCAGAUGAAGUUCCCCCAAAAGAUGAAUCAGCUCCAAAGACUUGCCUUUUGGAAGGUGCAGAUAAAACAGAAAAUGGGCAACUUGCAGAAAGUCAGCGCUAUGAAAUCAUUGGUGGGAUAAACCAAAAUUGCACAAUGAUGCUUCACAGGUAUGAGGACAGUGAAAAUGAAGUACUGUUAUCAGUAGAAGCAGAAGGAGAUCAGGCCAGUGAAACUGAACACCUGGGGGAGACCACCGGCAGCAAGCGGAGAGUGUCCAAGGAGGAUCUGGUGAAGGAUGACAACAAGAAAAGCCGAAUGGAGUCUGAGAGUGAAGAACCGCAGCCAGAGGAGAUUCUAGAGCCAGCCCAGUCCGAAUGUGUUGCUGAGGAGACCAAUGAAACAUGCAUUUCCUUAGAGGAGAACAACAAUAACCGGAAUUUAAAGUUAACUAUUGAUAUCAGCCCUCCACCUCCAGCUCCCUUUGACCACCGUGUUGUCUCUGCUAAACCAGUUCAGAUAAUCAACUUUUACACCCUCAACAAGAAGGAGAUUCUCGGAGGGCCUUCAAAGCCCAGAGAUCUGGAGGAAGUAAAGAAUGAAAUACAAGUAAUGAACCAGCUGAACCAUGCCAACCUUAUCAAGCUGUAUGCAGCAUUUGAAUCCAAAAAUGACCUGAUACUGGUUAUGGAAUAUGUGGAUGGAGGAGAACUUUUUGACAGAAUUAUUGAUGAAAACCAUUAUCUAACAGAGCUGGACACAGUCAUAUUUAUCAAACAGAUCUGUGAUGGAGUCCAAUAUAUGCACCAGAUGUACAUUCUCCACUUAGACUUGAAGCCUGAAAAUAUCCUAUGUGUGAACCGAGCCACCAAUAAGAUAAAGAUAAUUGACUUUGGUUUAGCAAGAAGAUACAAACCAAGAGAAAAGCUAAAAGUGAAUUUCGGAACAGCAGAAUUCCUUGCUCCUGAGGUUGUGAACUAUGACUUUGUCUCGUUUCCUACAGACAUGUGGAGUUUAGGAGUGAUUACAUACAUGUUACUCAGUGGCCUAUCUCCGUUUCUUGGAGAGGAUGACAACGAGACACUAAAUAACAUAUUGGCUUGUCAGUGGGACUUUGAAGAAGAAGAAUUUGGAAACAUCUCAGAGGAAGCCAAGGACUUUAUUUCAAAGCUCCUUAUCAAAAACAAGUGUUGGAGGAUAAGUGCAACAGAGGCUCUCAAACACCCCUGGUUAUCUGACCCCUGUCUUCACUUCAGACUUCAGCACCAGAACAACAAGUGCCACUCAUCACGUGCACCACCUUCAGAGGAGUAACAUUAAAAAAAAAAAAAAAAACUGAACUGUUUAAGGUAUAUCUCCAAAUACUUUGAUGAACAUAACCAAAAAACCCCAACAUUUUGUUUAAAGUAAUUAUCUGAAAAUGUCUACAGAUAAAAAUCAAUGUACCUUAUAUAGAAACAAUACAUGGUAGUGAGAACACAUGUUUUCAAAAUGCUGUCUGCUAUGUUAACUAAUAUUAUUUGUCAAUAGUUUUAUAACAUUACUUGUUUAAUUUUCCUUUCAUAAAAAUGGUACAAAUUGCACAUCUUGUAAACACCUUGAUUAGUCUAACCCAGUAUAUUAGCACUGGAGUCCAUGUGAUUUAUUUUUAAAGACACAGAGUGUUUACUGCAGUCUCUAAUUAACUCCUAUUUUUCGAUAGAUAAAAUUCAACAGCAAUAGAUGAAACUAAGAAACAAAUAACUUGAGAGGGCUUAAGAGACCUUCAAUCAAAGGACUUAGAUGUUUGACACUACUUUGGUAAAGUCAGUAGGUGUUUUUCUACUUUCAGAAAAUGGGAGUUAAUUAAAGUCUGUCAUAUUAUUCAUAUUUAACUGUACUCAAAAGUGCUAAAGUGAAAGGUUCUUAAAAGAGUAAGUAGUGUGCAGGGUUCCAAAAAAAAAACAAAAAAGAAAAAGGACAAACAGUUUCCCAAUCCGAAUAACGAGGCCAGGCAAUGUAUAUUUAAUUUCUGCUGGAUUAAAAAGAAAACAGUUGCUAUAGUGCAAUGUGGUUAUAAUCAGCAUUUAGACUAAUUGGAUACUAGGGUUUUCAUUAAAUAUGGUUUUGCUUUGCAAAGUGUAAAAGGCAUGUUUUUUUUAUUUUUUUUUAUUUGUAAAACAGAUACUCACAGAUUGCUAAUGUAUUCCUUAUUUAGGCAAGGUGUUUUGAAAUUACUGUAGGUGCAGUGAAAAAUUUUACUAAAAUAAAAAAAAAUCACAAACUGUAAAUCAUUACAUUGCUAGGCAGGUAGCAAUUUUGUUCUAGUGGUGUAAUUUUCUUUGUGUGUAUCAUGGGAAUGAACUGAGUGUGGGGGUUCGAAUUGUGUAAGCUACUGUAGGGGCACUUUACUAUGUAUUCAUUUUAUGUACGUGAGACACUCAAAACUGCUAGAUUUCAUAUACAGAGGGAACAUAAUGGAACAACACUUGCAUAUUGCAAGUUCAGAAAACUGGAAAAAAGUUAUGUUAUCUUAUACAAAAGCCAUAAAAAAAAAAAAAAAAAAAAAAAAAAAAAACUAGUGCAGGAUUUGUGUAUUGUUUUGGUUAGAUAGGAAUUUCUUUAGUGCUGGCCCAAUGUUAUGUGCAAAGUUAAAUUCACAAAAUAAAAAAGUGUUCAGUU